AUGCCACCGGAGUCCCACUCCAGCAAACACAGGCCACGUUGCCACAAUAUGAUGGACCUUUUCGAGACCAACGCUUAUCUUUUCAACGAUCUGCGCUACCUGGAGGACGCCGAUCAUGGAGCGCUGCACCACUUGGACAUGGCGGGGGUGUCCCCGCUCUACAACGCUGACGACAGCCCGCUGUCACCGGGCCAAGAUCGCGUGGCGUCCGAGACGGGCGAAGACAGCAGCGGCGAGGAGCACGUCCUGGCGCCGCCGGGCCUGCGUUCCCACUGCGAGGGCCAGUGCCUCGUCUGGGCUUGCAAGGUGUGCAAGAGGAAGUCGGCGCCGACCGACCGCCGCAAGGCCGCCACGCUGCGGGAGCGGCGGCGGCUGAAGAAGAUCAACGAGGCCUUCGACGUGCUCAAGAGGAAGACGGUGGCCAACCCCAACCAGAGGCUGCCCAAGGUGGAGAUCCUGCGCAGCGCCAUUAGCUACAUCGAGAGGCUGCAGGAGCUGCUGCACAGUCUGGACGAGCAGGAGCAUGCACUCAAGGCUAAAGAACUCGGUGUGGUUGGUUCCACAAACCACUGGAAGAAGUCCGCAGAGUCCUGGGCCGCUGAGCAUUCCAGCGCCAGAUUGUUUAACCAAACCGAAGGGACCAGCGAGUCGUCGGCGUCCUGCAGCCUACUGCGUUUGUCCUCCAUCGUAGACAGCAUCAGCGGCGAGACAGGCACCGCCGGCGGGGACGUCUCCGAAAACUGACUUUGCGUUACGUUCUGUACAUAUGUUUUUUUUCUAACAAUAGAUGUAUUUAUUUUAUAUU